AUCCCAGACUUUGCUUUGUUCUUCAUUGUGGGGGCUUGGCGGAGACUGGGAUGUCUAAAUCCUGAGUCCUUGGGCCCCGGGGAGCUAUUCCAACAAUGUUUGUCUCAGAAAGAUUCUGAUCUGGAGGUUGGCUAAUGGACUGCCUGACUGAGAAAGGAACGUGGCAGGAAAUGGAAGGGGAGAGAGGGAGAGUCCCCACCACUGUCCUCAGGAUGUACAUCAAAUAUUAGAAGAACACCAGGAACUAAAUGUUCAAUUUCAACCUGUACUUGCUGCUCAGAAAGUAAAUAAAGAUGCUGACCUGUAGUCAGUGUUUUAUACCUUCUUCAUGCAAGAGUAAUGUGUUAAAGGAAAAAAGUAAACUGUGUUGAUCUGUGACUUUGGAGAAAGUGGAAACAAAUUUACAGAUGAUACACAACUUCUAAGGAUUAAUUACCAGAAGUGGAAUUACUACUCAAUCACAGUAUUCCAUAUUGGAAGAAGAUAUCUCUACAAAUGAAAAAAAUGCCUUUGUUUAGUAAGUCACAAAAAAAUCCAGCAGAAAUUGUGAAAACUCUGAAAGACAACAUGGCCAUUUUGGAAAAGCAGGACAAAAAGACAGACAAGGCUUCAGAAGAAGUGUCCAAGUCUCUGCAAGCAAUGAAAGAAAUUCUGUGUGGUACAAAUGAAAAAGAACCCCCAACAGAAGCUGUAGCUCAGCUGGCACAAGAACUCUACAGCAGCGGGCUGCUGGUGACACUGAUCGCUGACCUACAGCUGAUAGACUUUGAGGGAAAAAAAGAUGUGACCCAGAUAUUUAAUAACAUCCUGAGAAGACAGAUAGGCACUCGGAGUCCUACUGUGGAGUACAUUAGUGCUCACCCGCAUAUCCUAUUUAUGCUCCUCAAAGGAUAUGAAGCCCCACAGAUUGCCUUACGUUGUGGGAUUAUGCUGAGGGAAUGUAUUCGACAUGAACCACUUGCCAAAAUCAUCCUCUUUUCUAAUGAAUUCAGAGAUUUCUUUAAGUAUGUGGAGUUGUUAACAUUUGAUAUUGCUUCAGAUGCCUUUGCUACUUUUAAGGAUUUACUAACCAGACAUAAAGUGUUGGUAGCAGACUUCUUAGAACAAAAUUAUGACACAAUUUUUGAAGACUAUGAGAAAUUGCUUCAGUCUGAAAAUUAUGUGACUAAGAGACAAUCUUUAAAGCUGCUAGGUGAACUGAUACUGGACCGACACAACUUUGCCAUUAUGACAAAGUAUAUCAGCAAGCCAGAAAACCUCAAACUGAUGAUGAACCUCCUUCGAGAUAAAAGUCCCAACAUACAGUUUGAAGCCUUCCAUGUCUUUAAGGUGUUUGUCGCCAGUCCUCACAAAACACAGCCUAUUGUGGAGAUUCUAUUAAAAAAUCAGCCCAAGCUCAUUGAAUUCCUGAGCAGCUUCCAAAAAGAUAGGACAGAUGAUGAGCAGUUCACUGAUGAAAAGAACUACUUGAUUAAACAGAUUCGAGACUUGAAGAAAACAGCCCCUUGAAGAUCUCACUCAGAUUUCUGCCAUACUCACUGUCUCCUUUGGUGUUUGUACAAAAGUGUCAUUUCAAACAGUAAUCGUUCUUGGGAAGGGUAGAUGGAAUAUAAAUAUUUGAAUGAAAAAAAUUAAUCUAGAACAAUAUAUUCAUUUUAAUCAAGUCUGUGAUUAUUUAUGUGAAAUCAGAGCCAUUAUAUGAGACACUGAUAAAAGCAAUUUUAACCCUUUUUUUGACAAAAAGCAUCAGGGCCGGGGCUUGCAGGCCUGAGCCCCUAGUCACCAUGCGCCACGAAGCAGAAGCCCACGUGGUGAACAUCCUGAGUCCUCAAUGAAAAUUAAGUUAUCAGAGAAAUGGGCCCUGGGGCAAGAGGCACAAAAUGAUUCUGCCUAUCUGCACUUGACGGAUAUAUUUCUUAAAGCAUAAUGAAAGAGCUGAAAAUAACACUCAUGUUUUCAGUCAUAUACCCGUUCCCUGCCCCUAUCUGUUGACUGUAACUAACCUCCCUUCUCAGCCUUCCUUUCUGCUCUCUGCCCCACAUUCCAUUCCUGCAGAUCUCCUCAGCACGCCUGACUCAUGCUACACAUACCCCGCUCCUUCCUGCAGUCAGGUUAGCAUGCAAGUAAAAUAAACUAAGUAAAAUAGGAUGGCUAAACAAGGGUCACAGUACCUAGAGGAUGACCUUUGGGGUAUGACAGCUCACUUCAGACUUGGACAGUUAAGAACCACAGCUCCACCUCUAGUCACUGCUGUUUCAUGCCAAUUUCUGCAGGGUUAGUGAAUGUUUGGAACAUUUCAGUCACAAUUGUCAUCUUGGGGGAAAUUUUUGUUUUGUGGUGAAGUUGUAUUUUAGAGUAGGAAUCAUUGCACUGGGAUGCCUAGCAUGGAUAAAACCAUGGGGCCAGCACUGGUCUUUAGCCCACUUUUAUAAGGAAACAGGUUGCACUGGUCUUUAGCCCACUUUUAUAAGGAGACAUUCCCAUUAGAAGGGCUAAUGAUGGAGUGCAUAAAAAUAUUCUCAAAUUGCAAAUUGUUUUUCAGUUUAUUUUCUAUCACUACUUUUUCAUCAAAACCUUUAGUGACAAGGUAGAAAACCUGAUAAAACUGGUCCCAAAUUUCUCGCAAACUAGGAUGAUUAAGGCAUGGAGCAACAACAAAAGGCCAUGAUUUGUUUUCAGACACCAAGUGUAUAAAAUUGGAUUUUAAAGAUAUAUUUGCAAAACAGUCAAGGUACGAUUAUAAAUCUGUUGUUUUUUUUUUUCCAUAAGUCUGUAUAUACAGAUCAUUAGUUGUUGCCUUUCAGAAGAACUCUUGGUUUUUACAAAUUGGGUGCUGUGUUCUUCGACCAGAUGUUUUUCCACCUGGAGGGGGAGAAAGCUCCCUUCAGGAAUCCUUCUCCAGCAUCGGUACGCUCGGUUGAUACUGCAGCUGAAGGAUUACCUGGCAAGGUUUCAUCCUUCCUGGCUGGGGCACAGACACUUGUUCCCUGCCCAGCUUGGAUCCUGAAGCAAGUGAUGUGAGAGCUGUGGACCUUGUAACAGCUCUGGCCAUGAUGGCCUUCACUCUUUACUCACUGAAGUCAGAUCAUUUUUAUAACAUUCCCUGACAGUCCUGAAUCCCUUAGAAUUUAACUUCUCUGGUUUUGCUUCUUUGAUAAAAAGAAUCAACAGGCCUGUAACUGUUGGACAUUUAGUUGGUUGCUUAAUACUGUUCCACAACAGUGUCAUGGGACACAUGUUUUCAAUUGGAAAGCAAGGCUUUGUUUUAAUUCUUUUUUGAUAAAUAAAACAUUUUAUUUCCUCUGGACUUGAGUUAGUUUUUUCCUAGCAACCCCUUAGCCUAGUUUACUGUCAAACAGAAAACUGAAUCUGAGGCAAUAAAUGAAAACAAAUUUAUAAAUUAUUAACAUGGAAGGGGGAGCAAGACACAGCCAAAAUAUGUUUGCACGAAAUUCAAUGCAAAUAUUGAGAACUGAAUUUUAAAAAGGUCAUAUUUCAUAAAUUAUUUCCCAAGCACACAUUUAAAUAAAGACUAAAUAAAAAGAUGCCACAUACU